AUGGUCACCUCCUUCCCCACCCAUAGAGUCCACCACACAGUCCGUUCGAUCAAGCUUGCUAAUUUCUACCGAUGCUUCCAUGAAUAUUUCGUGACGCACUUACCUUCUUCCUCCCUCCAUCCUGACUCUCGUGCCUCCUCAGGUCCUGGUCACCAAUUGCCACGGGCAGCGUCAAAACCGCACGAUUCCACAUCCGGCCCCUCGCCUGCCCCGCUAAGUGGCACACACAGAGACACCACGGUCGUUCGCAUUCCUCUUCGCAGCGCCAAGCACCACUUCGGGGCCUCUGUCUCGAGAGGUUCAAGACCCUACAAUGAGGAUGCAUACCAAGCUGGUGUAAUCAAUGUGCCAGCAUUCGCCAACAAACCUCCGGCAACCUUGACCCGAGCCCCGCCGAAUAGCCCAUUACAGGCAUAUCGAGAGCAGCAGAGGAAGCAGCAAGAGGAAGCCACUGGCACCAAAGACGGUGGCGAGGGUCAAGGGGCAGACAGUGAGAGUGGGGAUCCACAAGUCUUCUACUUUGGGGUCUUCGACGGACAUGGAGGGACACAAUGCAGCGGAUACCUGAGUAAGGAGCUACAUGGCGGCAUUGAAGAUGCAGCCAAGCUCUACCGCCUUAAAUCGACACUCAGCAACAGAAGAGCUACGGUAGGUGAAGAGCAAUCGACCACUACAUCCACCGUCGCAGCCACCAACAACAAUCCAUCCCACCCGGACAAACCGAACACCUCCGACCCUUUCGCCAAAAUCACAACUCCAUUGCUUCGCUCCUACAAAGAGAACAUAGGCGGCUACUUCCGCCGCUUCUCCUCCGCUUCCCUCACCACCACCCAGCCCGGGCCCUCAAUAUCCCAAAUUCUCACUCACGCCUUCCUCCAAGUCGACCUGACCUUCCUCCUCCGCCAAAUCCGGCUCGCCUCGCUCGGUACCUCCUCGGACGAACUCCCCAUAAACCACCACGACUCCCUAACCCGCACACUCCCCUCCCACCUCCAACACCAAGACAAGCCGUUCGCAGGAGGCUCCACCGCCUCAGUAGCCCUCAUCUCCACACCAACACCCACCCCAUUCUGGAACCCUGCGACCUCCUCCAAGCUCCUGACCGCCCACUGCGGCGACACACGUAUCCUCCUCUGCCGCUCCUCCGACGGUGCCGCAGUCCCCCUAACCACGACGCACCACCCCAGCACACCGAGCGAAGCCUCCCGCCUCCGCCGCUUCGCCAGCUCCUUCAUGACCGACUCUUUCGGCGAAGAGCGCUUCACAGGCUCACUAGCCAACACACGCGCAUUCGGGGACAUUGGCGCCAAGAAGAUGGGCGUGAGCGCCGAGCCCGAGAUCCGGCUUACUGAGCUCGGCAAAGGGGAGUAUGCGUUCUUGGUGCUGGUGAGCGAUGGUGUCACGGGGAAUUGUAGUGAUCAGGAUAUCGUGGAUAUUGUGAAAGAAGCACGGACGCCGGAGGAGGCGGCGAGGAAGUUGACGGGCUUUGCGGUCGAUAUUGCGGCUGGGGGGGAGGAUGGAGCGGAUAAUUGUACGGCGCUUGUUGUGAGGUUGGGGGGAUGGGAGAGGAGGAAUGAGGGUGGAGGGGGCAGCAUGGGGACGAGAGAGGAGAGGGAGUGGAGGAGACGGGAGGCGGGUGAGGGGGAGGAGGGGAAUGACUUGAUUUGA